AUGUCAGCUAAUGGUAACGGCGCCAACUAUGCCCCUUUGAAGCAAAUAAUAUCAGACUCAGAAUCAGAAGACGAUCAGAAGCUGGAAAAUGCUGUGCACAUCAAAGCUUCAGACAGUUGUAAUAAUUUGGACUAUAAUAGUGGACUUCACUCAUCCAAGAAUUAUAGCAUGAGUGAUAUGGACGACUAUAACACUAACGAGAAAACUGUAGAAAGUACUAUGGACAAUGUAAGCUUUUUACAGUCUGAUAUGUCGAAUAAAAUGUCAUUUUCGCGGCGUUGUGCGUUUAUUGCAUCAAUUUUUGUUUGCAUUUUUACUGUGAUCAUAUUUUUAUGGGGUAUACCUUGCUCAGAUGUAGGGGGAUGCGCUAAUAAUGACUGGCAAGAUAGAACUACAAGUUGGGAGAUUCCUUAUGAUGAAAUUGAAUUGUCUGGUGCGGUUCAAGUCGUUGACGGUGCUAUACCCAACACAAAAAACCUUAUUUUUAUAUAUCGUGGCAAUCAUAUGAAAGAAGAAAAAAAUUCAAAUGAUAAUGUCAAUGGAGUUUUGUUAAUAGUCGGCGAUACUGGUAAAGUUGGCUGGUAUACAAGAGAAGCCAGAAUACCAACUGAAAUUAAUUGCCAUCUCAUUGAUGUGAAUAGGGAUAAACAAAAAGAUUGCAUUGUAUCUGGUUCAGAAGGAUUACUUGCAGCUCUGAAUCCUUUAUCAGGAACUUACUACUGGUAUAUUCUUAAGCAAGGAAAGAUUUUUAGUGAUAUUGCAGCAAUUGACUUUCCAAUAGUUAUAAAAGAUAUGGAUAAAGAUAAAGUGAAUGAUCUUAUGACCGUUGCUACUAUGUACCCAAAUACUAAUCACAAUUCAUUAUUGAUAAUAUCAGGAGCUACUGGAAAUAUUAUUGGAGAUCCCAUGACAGUUGACGACUGCCUAUUGGUAAAAUUGUUGACAGAAUCAGAUCCUAUUACAUAUCUAUGCAAAAAUGGUACCUUUGAGGCUGUAAGGCAGAUAAAAUAUCCUACAUUAUAUAGAAAGUUAUUAAAAUUAGACCAAUCUGUAAAUCACUCUGCACCCAUAUCAACUGUGUCUAAAAGAGUCAACUUAAGUUUGAAAAAGAGUACAAGCAGUACAAAUAACUGGGAAAUAUAUGCCAACGGACCAGGAAAACUAAUAGUUGAGAAUUUUGGUGAAUGCCCUAAUUCGUGUAGAGUCAACCUAAAGUUAUUACUAGAGAAAAAUGGUACAACAAAUAUUUGUGUUAGAGGAUCCAUUGAUGCUGGAGUGCCAAUACCAACAUGUCAACCAGAUUUAGAAUAUCAGGAAAAGUCAUUAGUCAUUGCAGAUCUAGAUGGAGAUGAAUCUCAUGAAUUAAUUUCAUAUUACAGCACAUUUUUGCCACCAGAAUCUUAUUCCCCACAGAAAUCUAACCCAUAUGACAAUUGGAGAUUGACAUCAAUCGUGAGAGUAAUUAGACUGGAAUCUGAACUACCAAAGUUAUUUAUGUCUGAUAGUAAU